CACACAACACCAGCCUCACGCGCACUAUACGACCAACACGUCCGUCGUUUAGAGUAUGGAAAAAAAAAUUGUUGUGGAAAGAUGGAAAUUAAAAAAUUCACCUAAAUUUCUAAAUUUCUAAAUUUUAGUAAGCAGAUCGGACUUGACAUUCACAUUCUUUAACUUGUUCAGAGUAUAUAUCAUCACUGUCAAGUAGUGUACCGGGUGUUUCGAACCAUCACCCACCCCAUUAAAAAAUCAAAUGCUUGGAUUUAUAAUUAAAGCUACUAGUACAGUAGCUAAUAUAUCCGCUCAUAAGCCUAUACAUUUUAUUAUAAUUAGUGCAUUAUUAGCUUCAAUCGCUUAUUUAGCUAUAGUAGAUGAAUAUAUUCCUGAAACUUUAAACAUUUCUUCAACUUCCAAUAAAUCAUAUUAUCAUCCAGGAAAUUCAAUAAAUGAUUUUAAUAAAUGGGAACCAAUUGAUGAUAUUUCAAAAUAUCCUCAAGCAACAAAAUUUACUAUUGCACCAUUAAGAUUUAGAUCAAUUCAUUUAGAAACUAAUAAUGAUAAUAUUCCAAUUAUUGAAAAUAGUUAUCCAAGUUUAAAUUCAAAUGAAAGAAUUUUAAUUAUUCCUUCAGAAGAUAUUCAAACAAAAUUAUAUGAACUUGAUUCAAUUACAUUUAAUGGUAUAACUUGGAAAGUUAGAAAUAAUAAUCCAAUAACUAAAUAUUAUGAAUAUUUAAAAAAUAGUUUAUUUACAAUAAAUGAUUUAAUUAAACAUGCUGAAAAUUUCGAUAUUAUAUUAAUUUCAGUUGCUUAUAUUUCAAUGUGGUAUACAUUAAUUAAAGUAUUUAUUGAUAUGAGAAAAGUUGGUUCUAAAUUUUGGUUAGCAUUUUCAACUAUUAUAUCUUCAACUUUUGCAUUUCUUUUUGCUUUAGUUACUACUAUUAAAUUAUUUGAAAAUAAAGUUCCUUUAAUUAGUUUAUCUGAAGGUAUACCAUUUUUAGUAGCAAUUAUUGGUUUUAAACAUAAAGUUUCAAUUGCAUCAGCUGUACAAAGAGCUUCAAAUUCUUCUUUAGAAGUUAAAAAUAUUGUAACUUCAGUAAUUAGUUCUCAUAGUCUUAGUAUGUUAAGAGAUCAUAUAUCAGUUAUUGGAAUUUUAGUAUUAAUUGCUGCUUAUGCUCCUCAUUUAGAAGGAUUAAAAAAUUUUUGUAUUUUAGGAGCAUUAAUUUUAUCAUUUGAUUUAUUAUUAGUUUAUACAUUUUUUUCAGCUAUUUUAGCUUUAAAAAUUGAAAUUAAUCGAGCUAGAAGAACUGAAGAUUUAAAAGAUGCUUUAGAAGAAGAAGGUAUUAGUUCAUUAGUUGCUCAAAAAGUUGCUCAACAAUCUUCAAAUAUUGAUCAUCCAAAUGAUCAAAAUAAUAUAAUAUUUUCAUCAAAUGAUUCAUCAAUUGUAUCAUUUAAAAUUGCCAUGAUUGCAACUUAUUUUGCUAUUCAUGCCUUUUGGUUUGGAACUUCAUGGUUUUAUACUUCAACUUCAACUUCUUCAAUUCAAUCAGGUAGUAAUAUAUUUAUAAAUUCUCCAACUUUAUCAAAAGCAGCUGUUAAACAUAUAACAAUUUCUUCUCAAGGUACAAUUGUUACUGUAUUAUCUCCAAGAAUUUAUUUACCUUUUGGUACUUUAAUUCUUAUAGAAGAAUAUAUAUUAUUAAUCUUAGAAAAGAUAAGUCUUGCCAUUCAAGAUAGUUUAAUUUCAAAAUUCUUAUUUUUUUCAUUUGCAAUUUCAAUUUGUACAAAUGCUUAUUUCUUAAAUGCUUCAAGAUAUCAAGUUUCUGCAAAUAAUAAAUUAAUUGCUGAAGAAAUUUCUAGACCAAAAAAAUUAAUUCCUGUAUCUCCAAAAUUACCUCAAUUACCAAAACUUCAACAAUCUUUAUCAGAUAAAUCAAAUUCUACUUCAAUUGAAAUUAAUGAUAAUUCAAGUCAAGAAUUAAUUCUUAAUGCUCCAAAUAAACAAUUACCACUUGAUGAAUGUAUUUCAAGAUUUAAAGAUGGUAAAGUUAAAACAUUAAAUGAUAAUGAAAUUUCAUCAUUGGUUGUUGCUGGUAAAUUACCAUUAUAUGCAUUAGAAAAGAAUUUAGGUGAUAAUACUAGAGCUGUUGCUGUAAGAAGAAAGGCUAUUGCUAAAUUAGGUAAUGCCCCUGUUUUAGAUACUGAAAGAUUACCUUAUCAACAUUAUGAUUAUGAUAGAGUAUUUGGAGCUUGUUGUGAAAAUGUUAUUGGAUUUAUGCCAAUUCCUGUUGGUAUUGCUGGUCCAUUAAUUAUUGAUGGUAAACCUUAUCAUAUUCCAAUGGCAACAACUGAAGGUUGUUUAGUUGCUUCUGCUAUGCGUGGUUGUAAAGCAAUUAAUGCUGGUGGAGGAGUUGAAACUGUAUUAACUCAAGAUGGUAUGACAAGAGGUCCAUGUGUUUCAUUUCCUUCAUUAUCAAGAGCAGGUGCAGCUAAAUUAUGGCUUGAUUCAGAAGAAGGUCAAAAGACUAUUAAAAAGGCUUUUAAUUCUACUUCAAGAUUUGCAAGAUUACAACAUAUUCAAACUGCUUUAGCAGGAUCUUUAUUAUUUAUUCGAUUUAGAACAACUACUGGUGAUGCUAUGGGUAUGAAUAUGAUAUCUAAAGGUGUUGAAUAUUCUCUUAAAUAUAUGGUUGAAGAAUGUGGUUGGGAAGAUAUGAACGUUAUAUCAGUUUCUGGUAAUUAUUGUUCUGAUAAAAAACCAGCUGCAAUUAAUUGGAUUGAAGGUAGAGGUAAAUCAGUUGUUGCUGAAGCUAGAAUUCCAGCUGAAGUAGUUCAAAAAGUUCUUAAAUCCGAUGUUGAUGCAUUAGUUGAAUUAAAUAUUAGUAAAAAUUUAGUUGGUUCAGCUAUGGCCGGUUCUGUAGGUGGAUUUAAUGCUCAUGCCGCUAAUUUAGUUACUGCAGUUUAUUUAGCUUGUGGUCAAGAUCCUGCUCAAAAUGUUGAAUCAUCUAAUUGUAUAACUUUAAUGAAAAAUGUUGGAGGAGAUUUACAAAUUUCUGUUUCAAUGCCUUCUAUUGAAGUUGGUACAAUUGGAGGUGGUACAAUUUUAGAUCCUCAAGGUGCAAUGCUUGAAUUAUUAGGAGUUCGUGGACCUCAUCCAACUGUUCCUGGUUCUAAUGCUAGACAACUUGCUCGUAUUAUUGCAUCUAUUGUUUUAGCUGGUGAACUUUCUCUUUGUUCUGCUUUAGCAGCCGGUCAUUUAGUUCAAUCUCAUAUGCAACAUAAUCGUAAGGGUGCUGCUGCUCCUGCUGCUCCUACUACCCCUAAUGCCACUACAACUCCAGCUUCUAAUGGAUCCAUAGCCAAUGGAACUUCUAAAUCCAACGGAAGUUCCAUUAAACCCAAUGGAACUACAUUAAGUGGAGCUGAUUUGGAACGUCUUAAACAAGGAGCUAUUAAUUGUAUUAAGUCAUAAUCUAUAAAAAACAAAAAUAUUCAUGUAAUAUAAUUCUCAUUAAAUUGCUACAAUGCUUUGCUACUAAUUCUUGCAUACACUCCCCCCCCUCCCCCGCUUACAUAGAUGGUAAUUGUACACUUUACAAUAUAUAUUCUAUCUGAUAACUGUAAUUUGGGUCAGUCAUUAUGACUCAAAAUUUCGCAAUUUCUUACGUCAGCAAAAAUAACCAUUUCUCUCACA